AUGCCAGCUUGUAUACCACAGGGUACUGGACACGGCCCUCCUCAUAUGGUAUGGGCCAUCGAUCCAUGGGAAUCAACCACACCUCUCACUAGGUCCCAGUAUCUACUACACGUCCCUGACCCCCUGCCUCCCCCACCAUCUCCCCCCUAUGCCCCCAACGCAAACAUCCUAUACCUCCCCGCCGUCUUCUUCCGGAUCUCCUUCCCCACGACCAAAAACGGCACCGGCACCAAGAGGAGCACGAACUGCAAGCACGCGAUCAAUAUAGAGCGCGUUGCGGAAGAAUACGACGGCGACCAUGGCCGGGCCGAGGAUCUAUAUUGGUUGAUUGUUUCAGUCGAGGAGAUACGUCAGGGAGACGUCAGAGCAGACGAUGAACCCGACGGCGAAGAGGGCGUACCCGACGUUAAGCACGAUGAGCGGUUCUUGCUGUUGGUGUUCUAUUCGCGGCCACCAUACAUAAGCCAGGCCCAAGCCGAAAACCAAGGUACCUGCAACGGCAAAGACACACCCCGGCAACGCCAACCAGAGGCGCAUCUCGGGCUCGAAGAUGCCGCCGUUCCGCCGGGACAGAACCAUAAUCGACCAGUCGCUCAGCGGGGAGAAGACGAUGCUCCCGAUCGCGGAGCCGAUGAAGGGGGCCAGGCUGAGAAGCCCGACUUGCGACGGGUUGAGGUUGUAGGGGGGAAGGAGGGUGUAGAAGGAUUGCGUCGAUGCCAUGAGGGUGACAGCGGGCAUGGUGAAGAAGACAAGCAAGGGCUGGUAGAUCUGGCGCAGGGUGGGCUCUUUGGAGGGGGUGAUGAGGGCCAUGCGUUGGAGAUAGCUGCGUGGUGGGGAGGAGAAGGGGGAGGUGCAUGUGCAGGUGGUGUUCGCGGUGGUUGGUGCACCUUGCUGGCUCGCUUUUGCCUCCUUGGGUCCCGUGAUAUCUGGAGCAGGAAGGUCGGCGUCGGCCUCGUCGGCCGCUCUGCUCGCUGGGCGUCCGUCCAGCACGGGGAUGAACUUGGAUUCCUCGAAGAGAAAGACCACGGCGACGAGGUUGGACGCAAUCAGGGCAACGGUGAUCCACCACAUGGUGCGCCAUCCCAGAUCCUCGAUCGCGUACCCCAUUGCCACGGGCCCCAGGAAGGUCCCGAUGGACUGCAUGAGGAGGAAGAUCCCAUUCAUGAGGGCGUGCUGGUGGACGAAAAAGAGAUCAGCGAUGGUGAGCAUGAUGAUCGUCUCACUGAUCGCCCCCCCGAUGCCGGAGAUGAAGCUCGUUGCGACGAUUUCGCCGUGGCUCGUCAUCUUCGCGCUCCAGAUGGCAGCGACCAGCUGCAUCGUGCAGCUGAACAGGUAAACAGGCCGGCGGCCGUAUCGGUGGGCAAGGGGGAUGAAAAGAAUGCUCCCGGAGGCGAGACCUGCGUAGUUGGCGGCGAUGGCGUUGUUCAGAUCGCUAUAGCUUGCCCCGAGGUCUUGCUGGUAGGGCGCAAACGAGACUCCGAUAUUGCCCAUGGCGAUGAAGGUAUAGAUCACGAAGGUGCAUGCCAGGCCAAAGUUGACGGUCUUUCGCAGCUUCGACCAGUUAUAGGGUUCAUCCAGUCCUGGCUAGGAAUGGGAUGCAGGGCGAUCUGGGAGGAAGAGCCGGUUUCUUCACUGUCAGCUUCCACCGCCACACCAUAUACGUGGCUCACUUACUUUCUUCGAGUCGAAUGGUUCCAGGAGGAAACUCGUCCUCCCGGCGUUGCUCCUGGAUUGGAUCCAUGGUCGAUGCUGGUGCUGGGCAACUUCCAGAGGCAGGUCGAGGGUCUUAUACAAGUGCAGCUAUCUUCGCCCUGA